AUGGCGGACACCAAAACCUCACAAUACGUUACCCUUGUCUCGAACGACGGCUACGAGUUCAAAGUCCUGCGCUCCGCAGCGUGUAUCGCAGGGACGAUCAAGAAGGCGCUAGACCCUACGUCGGGCUUCCGAGAGACCACGCAGAAUCGCGUCAACUUGCCCACGAUAAAUGGCGUCGUCCUGGAGAAAGUCUGCGAAUACCUAUACUACAACCAGAAGCAUGCGGAGAGCAAGGACGUUUCCGAUAUGGAUAUACCGCCUGAGCUGUGCUUGGAAUUACUGAUUGCUGCCGAUUACUUGGACGUAUGA